CUUCUUCCUUCUUGUCAUGUUCUGCAUACCAUGCCUUCGACUGGAAUCUGGAGGUUUAUUCUAUAUGUUUCAGGACUAUUUAUAUUCACUCUUGCCUGCUUGAACUCGAAUUUUCUCUUCGGAUUUGGCCCCCGGAGUUAUAGGCAACAGCAAGCACCACCUGCAUCUUCACAUCGCCAUGGUUUAAGGCUCCGACACGUCCUUCACCAUGGUGCAGGACAACCGGGACCACGCGCGAGGAGGCUAGACGUCUCCGCUGAGACGAAAAUAAAUGCGCUCGCUGAACCCAGCUUCGGGGCCUUUCCCAUAAAAAUGGCCUCAAUCCGUAUCGACAGACCCGUACCAGACCUUCACGAAUCGCAGCAUUUUAUUUCCCCUUCCUUGCGUUCGCAAGAUGUUCCUGGUCCAGACGUUACCUGCAAAGAGACUAUCAUCAGCUUCGCCUCCAUGGCUGAGGACGCAUACCAUCCGGAUCCCUCAGAUUCACAAUGGUUAGACACCGGUGGAAAAUACAACCAAUCGAUCCCCUUUGGAUGGUGGGACCAUGGUGUUCGAGGGCACGUUUUUGGCGACGAAACUAAUACGACCAUUGUGCUCUCCCUCAAAGGCACCUCCGUAGCUGUCUACGAAGGCAAUGGAACUUCGUUACAAGACAAGGACAACGACAACCUCUUUGGUUCCUGUUGUUGUGGCCAAGGCGGGUCAUAUCUUUGGAGAAAAGUGUGUGAUUGCCAAACCGGCACCUACACGUGCAACGAUAAGUGUGUUAGAGGAGAACUGAGGGAGCCCAAUCGAUACUACGCAGCAACAUUGGAGCUGUAUGAUGAGGUCAUUCAACUCUAUCCGAAAGCGAACAUCAUCACAACUGGCCAUAGUUUGGGAGGCGUUUUGGCUUCCCUAAUUGGCCUGCAGCACAGCGUCCCAAGCGUGACCUUCGAAGCAUAUCCUCAGGCUUUGGCAGCUACUCGUCUUGGACUUCCAGUAUCUGGCGAUAUCUCACCGCUCCGGAAGAACACUGGCGGGUUCCAUUUCGGACACACCGCUGAUCCAGUUUACAUGGGUACCUGCAACAGUGCAUCAAGCUUUUGCUCCAUAGGUGGUUAUGCAUUUGAAACGCUGUGCCAUACAGGCCAAAAGUGUGUGUACGAUGUGGUGAAGGACUGGGGGUGGAGGCAGAGCACUAGUACGCACAGAUUGCGGUAUGCUAUUGAGAAUGUCUACUCAAAGUAUAACGAGACGCCACUGUGUCAAGAUGAAGAUGUAGAUUGCGUCGAUUGCUACUUGUGGAAGUUCGAGAAUGGAACACACACAAAGCCAACUACGACAAUCUUAGGGACCAGCACAACGACUACCAGGACGCGAACUGAGACUUGCAAAACUCCAGGAUGGUGGGGAUGUAAUGACAAGCCAACUCCAACCACAACGGUUGAAACAACUACAAGCGCCUCGGUAUCAACGACUUCAACGAAUACUUGCAAAACGCCUGGUUGGUUCGGAUGCAAAGAUAAGACCACCUCUAUUACCUCAAGUUCAUCAUCUAUCUCGACAACGGCAACAUGCACGAGCCUUGGUUGGUUUGGCCGUUGUCUCGACCCUACCACCACAAUUACAACUACACUAGCAACCGAGGCGGCGUACUGGAGGAUGUCUCCUACACCCACUCUGGCCCCUUCGCAGCAUUUUGUUUACGCAUGAAAUAAAGUAUAUACUAGCGAACGUUUCUUCUUCAACUAUUAAAAUACAAUUAUACAAACUAAGUAAUAUACCGGUAGUUAAGUUUCCUUAAGCAUUGCUUAACUGACUACAAUCUACUGGCCUACAUUCAAGC